AUGCAAACAUCGUCGGAGCUGGUGGCCCAAACGAAGAAGACCACCAACACCAAGACGGCGGCGCUCACCCUUCUCAUGACGACGACGACGCCCACCUCCUCGUCCACGGACGACCACUCCACCGCCGACCUGGUGCAGGUGGACGACAGCCACGCCCACCAGCCCCUCGCCGCCGCCGUCAAGCGCAAGCAGCGCACCAAGAGGCCGCGCCACCACCCGCCCGCCGCGGCCUCCUCCUCCGCGGCGCUGCGGGCGCCUCCGUCGUCGACUCAAGCCAUCGCCGUCGUCAUCGCCGGCGCUGCUGCCGUCGUCGUCCACGCCGCCCACGGCGCCACACCAGAACCAGGCGCCGCCCCGCCCGCGCCGCCGAGGGCCGAGAGGUACACCAGCCGCAAGUACACGGAGGCGGCCGCCACGCCGGACGGCGUCAGGGCCGGCUUCUACGUCUACGAGUGCAAGACCUGCAACAAGUGCUUCCCCACCUUCCAGGCGCUCGGUGGCCACCGCGCCAGCCACAAGAAGCCGCGCCUCGCUGCUGCCGCCACCGAUGGCGACAUCGCCGCCGCCGUCAACGUCGACGGCACCACCACCACCACAGCAACGAAGGCGCCACCGAUGGCGACGACGACGACGACCGUGUUGCCGUCCGCACCUCCCCUAGCUGUUCAGCGUCAGCCUCAGCCGCGUCCUCUCCAGACGGCGGCGAUCGACAUCGCCGCCGCCACGUCCGCCGCCUUCCCGGACGUCACCGUCACCACCGCGCUCAGCCUCAGCAGCGUCGCCGCUGCUGCCGCGAGCGGCAAGCUGAGGGUCCACGAGUGCUCCAUAUGCGGCGCCGAGUUCGCGUCGGGGCAGGCGCUGGGCGGCCACAUGCGGCGCCACCGCCCGCUCAACGCGCCGGACCGCGCGGUCACCACGGCGAUCGUCGCCGCGGACACUACCGGGAACAGCAACAGCAAGAAGGAAAGCAGCGCGGGCAUCAACCUGGAGCUGGACCUCAACCUGCCGGCGCCGUCCGACGAGGAAGCCGCCGUCGUGUCGCUUCUUCCGCCGCCACCGCCGGCGGCCGUCAUGCUCGGUCUCGGCCAGUUCAACGACGGCAAGAAGACCGGGCUCAUGCUGACAGCCUCAGCACUGGUGGAUUGCCAUUAUUGA